ACCAUCGAGGCUGGCUUCAACAAGCUGAGCCGCAUGAUGUUUGGAUCGUCGUGGUCAUAUCUUAUCCCUGCUGUCAAAGAGCAGAUUGCUCAGGCCCUCAGUGGAGCUAAUGUCGGCUCGCUGACCAUCGUUGAAGGUGACGAGUCCACGACCUUUGGCAACUCCUCCGACCAUGGCCCACACGUCGUCAUCACUGUCCUCAGUGAGCAGUUCUGGGUGCGCCUGAUGCUGGUGCAGGACCUGGGCUUUGCUGAGGCGUACAUGGCUGGCGAAAUCACUGUCAACAGCCUGGUCGAUUUUGUGCGCUUCUACAUCUACAACCGCGAUGUGCUUGACUCGUCCAACGCCUCGCCCAUCGUCACCUCGCUGAUGUAUCUGGCCAACACGCGCUUCGGCAACUCGCUGCUCAACAGCACCAGCAACAUCAGCGCGCACUACGAUCUGGGCAACGAGAUGUUUGAGAUGUUCCUCGAUGCCACCAUGACGUACUCGUGUGGGAUUUGGGCUGGGCCCGACGACACGCUGGAGGCGGCGCAGAUCCGCAAGCUGGAUAUGCUCAUCGACAAGGCGCACUUGCGGCCCACCGACUACGUGCUCGACCUCGGGUGCGGCUGGGGCUCGCUUUCCAUGCGGGCAGUCGAGCGGACUGGGUGCCGCGUUCUCGGAAUCACACUGAGCACCGAGCAGAAGGAAAUUGCCGAGCAGCGCAUCGCGCAGGCUGGCAUGAGCGACCGCAUCGAGAUCAAGCUGAUCGACUACCGCAACCUCGACCCGGCCGAGUACCAGUUCGACAAGAUCAUCUCGCUGGAGAUGGUGGAGCAUGUCGGGUUUGACUACCUGCCGGUGUACUUUGAGCAGUGCAGCCGGCUUCUGAGCGCACACCACGGCGUGAUGGUGCUGCAGGCAAGCACAAUGAACGAGGAGCGGUACGAGGCGUACAAGCACAGCGUCGACUUCAUCAACAAGCACAUCUUCCCAGGUGGCCACUGCCCGAGCGUGUCGGCGCUGGUGUCGGCGGCAACCAAAGGCAGCAAGGGGUCUCUGAUGCUGGAGAGUGCAGCCAACUUCCCGGACCACUAUGCACGCACACUGCGUGCGUGGCGCGAGCGGUUCCUGCAUGGAUACGACAAGGUCCUGUCCGAGGUUGCUCCCAAGAACCCCCAGCUGAUCCUGCAGGAGCGCGAUCUAAACACCUUGGACGCAAGUGAGUCAGCUGACAAAUGCAUAGAGCUUGCCAAGAUCGACAGCGAGAAGAGUGAUAUGCAGUCUGCGGAACAAACUGCCAGCUAUAACGACGUGUUCCGGCGCAAAUGGGAGUACUAUUUUGCGUACUGUGAGGGCGCAUUUGCAACACGCACGCUUGGCUGCACACAGCUUGUGUUCACACGCACCUACAACGA